GUCACGGUACGGAACCUUAUUAUUGCGCAUGCGCAUGGUAGAUGUCUUUCCUACAGCCGCACGAUGGACAAAACAGAACAGAAGGAAGACAUAGGUGGGGCUGUAGCUGAAGAGUUGAAACAGGAUUUGAAUUCAAUAAAAGACCAGUCUGUAGGUCUGAAAGAAAAUAUUGGAACUAGUCUAGAAAAAGACCAGGAUGUAAGAGAGACUGAAAGUAGGAAAACAAUUGAUGGUUUCCCAUGUGAUAUUAUCUGUAAUGGUGUAAAGGAAGGAGAAACUCUUGUGAAUGGCACUAUUGAGAAGACUGAUGAAGGGAAAUUUAAUUCUGAAGUGGAAAAUACAGAUAAUGGCAUUGUGAAUGAUUCUAAGGAAGUUGAAAUUUCAGAGGACAAAGUGCCAGAGACAAAUGGGGAGGUGAAAACUGAAGAGAAAGUUGUUGCCAUUAACUCACCCUCUGAAAAGGAUGAAGUAAAAAGUUCAGUAUUAGCAAAUUCUAUUAAAGAACCUGAUAAAAUUGAGAAUAACACUGAAAGUGUUUUCUUGGAACAAAAGUCAGAAGAGCAAAGUGCUAACGAGGAUUCUACAGUGAAUAAUGAAGAAGGUAAGGUAGAUUCUAAUCCUGUUGAACUCUCAAAUUUAAGUAGUAACAAUGAAAUAAAGGAAGAGGUUAGUAAUACAUUGUCAGUGGAUCUAGAUACUCCAGAGAAUGAUAUAAGUAUUCCUGUAAGUGAAGUAAAUUAUAAUAAAGAUGAACAUGAUGAUAAAAGUAAAAUUGAAACUAAUGUAAAUAAUGAAAAUGCACCUGAAAGCACUGUAGAUAAUGUGGAAACAGCAAAAGACUCUCCUGACAUUGAAGUGACACCAAAUCUAGAUAUCACAGAUGUUAAAGAAAAGCAACCAGAAGAACUUACUAAAAUUACAGGUGAAGUAACAGAACAUAGCAAUAGCUCAGGUCCCCCAUCUUUAGUAAAAGAAAUAAACAGCGAUGAUAAUUCUAUGUUAAGUAAUUCUGUUAGUGUUACAAGCGAUAAUGUUGGCGUUGAAGAGUCUAUGGAUGUUGAUGAUAAACAAUUAAGUGAAAAUAGUGAAUCUGAACAUACAUCUGUCGCCGAAGAAAAAGAAAUGAAACCAAUGGAAGUAGAAAAAGUGAACUUAGAAUUGGAGAUUAAACCAGUUAAAAAGAACGUUGUGAAUGAAGGAAGUGAUAGUCUAAAAGAAAAAAAUACAACAAGUCCAGAAAAAGUUUCUGUAACUAAAACUGAUACAAAUUCUAUAAUUCAGUCGACAACAAUGUCAAAGGGUCAAAAACUUGAUCAAUUAUUGUCGAAAAUCACAACAAAAGCUGAAACAGACAGUCAAAAAACACCACCACCUCAAAAACAUGCUAAAGCUAGAAAAUCCUGUGUAAAUUCCGCUAACAACGCUUUAAAUAAACCCAGUAUUCCUUCAUCAAUUACAUCUCUCACUUUUAAUGUCAAAGAACUAGAGAAGAAAGGUGUUCUAGAUAUGCCAAAACCCUCAAAGAGGAAAGCUUUUGAGCCUAUCAAAAUCCCAACUCCUGAAAAAGAUAAAAUCUCAUCAUCACCCCCCAAAAAGGGGUCCCCUGUUCGAUCGCCAUUAAAGUCCCCGAUUAAAUCUCCAAGUAAAACAGAAAAUCCAUUUUUUAAGAAACAAAAACUUAUUCGAAGGAAAAAGAAAAAGGCAUACAAAUUGCCAGGUGAAAAAGUAUGGAAACGCACUAAAAGUAAAAAGUCAGAAGAAAGACAACUCGCCAAAGACAGUGAAAUUGAAAUGCAUAGUUCUGAGCAGAAAGUUACUCAAAGGGGUGCAAGCAUGCCAGUGAGUUCAACUCCAAACAAAGUGCCGAAUAAAACUAGUGAUCAUUCAGUAGAAAGUACAAAAUCACCUCCUCAGAGGAAUGCUCUAGACAUGUUAACAAUGAAUUCUAGGAAGUCAUUUAGUUCGGCCAGUUCAGGAGGCAGCAUGAAAAAGGCGAGAAAAACUGUACGUCAUGGUAUAGAUCCAGCCACACAUAGAACACUGGAUUCAUUCUUGAAGUCCAAGAUUCAAGAUGUGGCCGACAGGACUGUUGGUGCAGAAAGAACUUCAGAUGGAUCUAAUGGCGAGCCCAGAAAGAGAAAAGCUGUUGACCAAGUUAAAUCAAAAACGAAUACUGAAACUGAUUAUAGUCUGGCCAGUCCGGAAGAAAAAAAACGUAGAAUGGAAUUAUCCCCAACUCAGCAGCAUGUGAUUGCAUUGAUGCCAACAGGUAGUCCACCACUGAGCAUGCCCACGGCAGGACAUCCCAUAAUUCCUGCAUCAGGAACAGGAAGUCAGUUAUUCCUGUCACCAGGUGCAACUAGUGGUUCACAGACAAUAAUACCAAAUGGUACCCUAUUUCAGAUAUUCAAUAAUCAAAGCAUUGCCUCGUCACAAACUGCUCAAUUUGUAGCUAUUGCUCAAUCACAAGGGGGACAUCCAAUGGUUACAGCUGCAUCGCCUCCAAAAUCCACAAAUCUCCUUCAACCCAAAGGUGUACCCUUGCUAUUUACACCUAUGCCAUAUUCAACAGUUGUGGCAAAUGGGACAGGUUGCCAGCCGGUAUUUUCACAUCCUGGUGUUUUUAAUUCUGUGACAUCUUCAGUGAUGGGGAAACCAGUUCCAACUGGUUAUCAAUCAGCCGUCCAACAGCAGCAUUCUGUACUUAAAAACACUCUUAUCCAACCUAGAAUGCAGUUACCAAAUGGACAAUAUAUAGAUCUUAAACUGCCGAAAGAUGUACCCAAUGGAAUGUACCCUGUUACUCCUCCGAGGACACCGGAAGAGCAAAGGUCAGAAACUGGGUCACAAGACACUGGUGAGGAAAUGGAGGCUGUACUUGGCUCUGUCACACCAGAGAAAGACGUUAUUCCGCUGUGUACGUGUAAAAUAAGUGGGGCCAGUUUUCAAAAGAUGACCACUAUAGUAACGUUCUGUCAAGCUCUAGACUCUGUAGACGGUAAGGUGCUUGGUUGUUGUAAUAAAGUCACAAACCCGCAGUUGGUACGUCCUGCGGUGAAGAUACCAUUCCUCGCAUUAUGUGAUAGUCACCGGAAGAGGUUGAGGGCACAUCAGUGCUGUCCGGGUUGCGGCCACUUUUGUACUCAGGGCAAGUUUUUACAAUGUAAGAAGGAAGGGAGCAGUUUUGUACAUAAUUUCCAUGAACAAUGUCAGGUGACCAAGGAUGGUAAGAAUUACUGUCCUCACUGUGGGGAAACAUCCAACCAGUAUGAGGUAUAUCUUAGUAUGCAGGAAAGCAAACAGUCAGUUGUCAAGGAAAUGAAACCAUCAAACAGAGCACAAGUAAAGGCUCGUAUAGGUGUGGUAGAUCAUAAAAGUACAAGUGGAGGGGAGGAACCAACAGAGGAUCCAGUAGUCACACAUACCCUAGAGAAAACAAAGAAAGUUAUAUCCACAGCUGAUGUUCCACUUGGACCUGAUAGGUAUUCCCUAGAAAGAGUGUUAUCUAGUCUUGAACAUGAAAGGCCGAAGAAGUACCGGCAUUUACCCAAAUGUUUAUAUACACCGGCCUACGACAAUGAUUUGGAAAGGGUUGUUUAUAUGCUAGAGGAUGGCUUUGAUCCAAAUGAAUUAUUUGAAGAUCUUGAGGGUCAGAGUGCUCUACAUGCAGCCGCAGCAGUGGGCAGUCUUAGUAUAGUGCAUGUUCUUAUACAGGCUGGGGCAUCACCUCAUCACCAAGAUAGGUCAUUGAAGACACCACUAAUGUUUGCAGCCGAGAACAACCAUGCCGAUGUAGUGCACUAUCUCAUCAAGGCAAAUGCUAUCAUAGAUGCUAAGGCUGACGAUGGAAUGACAGCACUACAUUUUGCAGCGAAGGCGGGUCAUGUGAAUAUAAUUAAUAUGUUACUCAACACGGACCGCCUCAACAUUGAUACAACAGAUGAUGGUGGAUGGACGCCUCUGAUCUGGGCAGCAGAACAUAUGGAGGUUGAAGCUGUUAAACUCUUACUGAAGAGGAAGGCAGAUCCUAACUUGAGAGAUAGUGAAGAGAACACAACGAUGCAUUGGGCAGCAUUUUCUGGCAGUGUGACUAUAGCGGAACUUCUACUAUCAGCAGGCUGUGAUCUGGAUAGUUUAAACAUGCAUGGUGAUAGACCACUGCAUAUAGCAGCAAGACAAGACCAUUAUGAAUGUGUAGUAUUAUUCCUAGCUAGAGGCGCUGAUGUGGAAGCUAAAAAUAACAAAGGAGAAACUCCAUUAGAGUGUUGUAUAGAGCAGACUACAGCCGUCUAUCUGGCUCUGAAAGUAAACAAACAGCUGAAAAGUUUUGGUGCCAAACAUAUGGGGAAACCUGAUAAAUUGAUUCAUAGAGACUUAUCAAAGGGUCGUGAAAACAUUCCAAUACCCUGUGUGAAUGGUGUGGACGAUGAGGGCGAGCCGAAAGAUUAUCUCUACGUUGUUGACAAUAUAGAGACGACGUGCCUUAACAUAAAUCGUGUAAUCGGCAGUCUGCAGACAUGCCAGUGUAAGGAUGAUUGUUCAUCUAUAUACUGCGCUUGUGGCAAGAAUAGUGUACGAUGUUGGUAUGAUAAGUAUAACAGACUUAUACCGGAGUUCAACAUGCUUGAACCACCAUUGAUAUUUGAGUGCAAUAGAGCGUGCGAGUGUUGGACCACAUGUAACAAUAGGGUUGUUCAAAAUGGGGUCAUGUCCCGUCUACAAGUGUUUAAGACUGUAGGGAGAGGAUGGGGAUGUAAGACACUGGUAGAUAUAGCCAGAGGAACAUUUAUAUGCGAGUAUAUAGGAGAGCAUAUAUCAGAUUCCGAGGCAGAUAGACGUGAAGAUGAUUCCUACUUGUUUGACCUGGAUAAUAAGGAUGGGGAAACAUACUGUAUAGAUGCUAGGAGAUUUGGUAAUGUGGCUAGAUUUAUAAAUCAUCUAUGUGAACCCAACUUGACCCCUGUUAAAGUGUUUGUGGACUCGCAGGAUCUCCGUUUUCCAAGGAUUUGUCUGUUUGCAAACAGGGAUAUAAAAGCACAGGAAGAACUAGGGUUUGACUAUGGAGAGAAGUUUUGGAUAAUUAAAUGGAAGCAAUUUACAUGUACAUGUGGCUCACUUAAAUGCCGCUAUUCCAGUGACACUAUACAGAAAACAUUAGAGGAGUAUAGGCAACGACAUGAAAUUGAUGGCGAAGAAAUGCAAGACUAAGUUUAUAAAUGUGUAUGACACGUACUAUGGCAUUUUGUUUACCUUUAUACCAUGCUAAAUUUAUAUAAAAGUCCAGUUGUGACGCUGACACAGUCCAUUGGUAUGUCUAGGGAUUUUAGUUAAGAAUAAACACACAAGAGAAACGAAAAUGAUGUAAUAGUAUAGAGUCUGGCCAGACUGCAUGAAUUUUUAGGGCUGGCCUGUAGAUUUUAAGUCCCGCCUGUGGAUUUUAAGUCCCGCCUGUGGAUUCUAAGGCCAGCCUGUGGAUUUUAAGGCCGGUCUGGUUCAAUACUGGUGAUAUGGAUGUGUCAUUUACAACACUACCUACCAUUAAACAGGUUAAUGUAACUAUAAGAAGCUGUUUCUUCAUCCCUUUGAUAAGUGUUCUCUUGUAAAACUUCUGAAUUAUUUUUUCUUUUUUUGCAUCAGCAAAAAAUGAAAAUAUAAAUUUUUGUUAUUAUUUUGAAACGAUAGAUUGUGAACAAUAUUUUUAGUUCUUUUUACACAUUAAAGUGUAUAAAGCUAUAUAGCUUCUGUCUGUAUUGACAAAAAAAAUUGCUUGAAUUUUGAAAAAGAUGACCCCAGUUUGUAAAUGUCCUUUAAUGUCAAAUGGUGCAGGCAUGAAAUCAUUGCUAAAUGGUUUAAACCCUACUUGAAAAAGCAGUGUAACAAUUUGUUCUGGAAUAUUUUAUAGUGUUUAUAUACAAUAUUAAGUUGUGUGCUCAAUAACUGUAGACACUGUUUCCAGUAUGGACUGUAAGAUUAUGGAAAUAACAAUAUUUUAACAUCAAGUUUAUUAAAAUAUUCCUGUAGAUAUAGCUUUAUAAGCGUCCUUGGCCGAGUGGUUAAGGUCGUUGACUUCAAACCACUUGCCCCUCACCGCUGUGGGUUCGAAUCCCGACAGGGACUUUGGAUUCUUUCAUGUGAGGAAGCUAUCCAGCUAGCUUACGGAAUGUCGGUGUUUCUACUCACAGGCUGUCCAGCGUCCCUAAAAUUCCUAAAAAAUCCUAAUUUUUUUCAGUUUGGCUAAAAUUCCUAAAAAAAUGAAAAAUUCAAAGGGAAUUCCUAAAAAUGCCCUAUUUUUUCACUUAAAUUCCUAUUUUUUUAUCCUUUGUGAUAAACAUAUCCAGAAACAACCAUGUUUCAAUCACAACCUAAAUUCAAACGCAGUCAGUGGAGUUGAUAUCAUGUCUGACUAAAUUGCAUAAGUCACAUGUUGCAUAUACUUCAAUUCCUGCAGAAAUGCCAUACUUGAUGUCAGAUGUUAUCAGAAAAAUAAUAAGAAACUGUUUGUUUUAAAUGGAACAAUGAAAAUUGUACCACUUUGACUAUAUCAAAAUAGUCACUUGUUUAAAAUUGUGAUAAAAUUUUUCCAAGGAAGUCAUAUUUUUAUUGGCUACAGAGUUUUACCAUUUACCUCAGUCUUAGGUGUAUUUAAAGCAACUAUUUACACAAAUCACCACUAAAUUUCACCAGACUUUAUGCAGGGGUCCUUAUUAAUAACGUCUUAAUUUGUAAUCAAGUUAUUUUCAAGUGAUGACUGUAGAACAGAUCUUAUGUAAGUGAUACCAGCUGGCAGAUCUAGACAAGUUUCCAUAUUUGCUACCGUAAUUAUAAAAUGGGUAAGGUAAACUGGCAGUAAUGAUUGAAUGCUUUAACCAUUUUGCUACCCAAUUAGCAUACUAAGAAGUGACACCUU